AUGGCGUCGAGGGUUCGCCUGAGCCUCCCCUACCGCGAGGCCGCGGAGCCAGAGCGGCCGCCGCCGGCCCUAACCAGCGACCUCCUCGAGGAGAUCUUCCUCCGCGUCGCCUCCCCUGCGGAUCUCGUCCGAGCCUCCGCCGCUUGCGUCUCCUUCCGCCGCCUCAUCGCUGACCACUCCUUCCUCCGCCGGUACCGCUCCAUUCACCCGCCCCUACUCCUUGGCUUCGUCAGCUCCUCUGGCUUCCACCCUGUCGAGGCGCCCCAUCCCUCCGCUGCUGUCACCCGGGCUGCUGAUUUUUCCUUUGACCACCUCCCUCGCCCCACCACCGAAUGGCUCCGCUGGCGUCCGUGCGAUGUCCGCAACGGCCGUGUCCUCGUCGGGUGCCGUAGCAAGAAAGGCGCCGCCUACUGGGACCUCGCGUUUUGCACUGUUGACCUCCCGCCUGGCCACGAUGAGCGGGAAAUCGUCAUUGUGGAGUCAGGGGAAAGCAAGGUUGCAAUGUUUAGUCUGAGUUAUAAAAGCACAUCUGUCAAUUAUUACACCUUUUCGCAAAAUGGCAGUGAGAAGUCCCAUGAGUGGCAUAUGAUGAGUACCAUCCCCUUGCCUGCACAUUAUACUAGUAAAUGCUACAUUGGUGGUCCAGCUGAAGGAUACAUUUUCAUAGAAUGCAUUCGAGAUGGAGAGAGUUCAACAUAUUCAACAGUUUUGUCACUUGAGAUUAAGUCUUUUAAUAUUGAGAGGAUUUGUACAUUUGGGCACUGGUUGUGUGAAUCAGCGAUUAGUAAGCACCCAGCACAGUCUGCUUGCAUUGUUGGUCUACAACUCUACAUCAAGAGGGCCUGUUGA